AUGGAUUACCACCCCUUAUUCGACCUCACCAGCGUAUUCCUACUAAUCGUCAUCACCGCCGGAUUUACACCCCCCUCCUCGUUCCUACGCAUAGCGUGUCUGCCCGUCUUAACCUGCUUAACAUGGCAUUGCGUCUCGCGCUGCCCUGAUUACUUCGCCCGAAGCUCUUGGGCGUCAGCUGUGGGCGGGUACACGACCUCUUCGCUCCUGCACUACGUAGACGUCGUGCUGCUCAACCGCUGGAGCUUCGACGCUCAGGGGCCUGCGAAAAAUGGCCUACUAGUCAGGGGGGCAUCGCGGGUUAGCGGUGGUAGUGCAGAGCCGCAGCCAAGAGCAGCACAACCCUCUUAUCCACCACCAGGUGCUAAAGCUCGUUUGAUGUUCGGCGUAUCAGUCUUCUUCUCAUGGCGCUUCAUCAACACCCCGUACCAGGUCCGGAACGUGCCCACAUUAGACGCGAAGCUGCAUUCUCGUCGGCGUUUCCUGCUGGACACAGGAUUGACAAUCAUCGUCUGCUACCUGAUCCUCGAUGCUAUGAACUCCUCGCAGAAUGACGAUUACAUGGCUGAAGAGUUCUAUUCGCUUGAUAAAAUCGGCCUAUUCUCCAGGAUCCGGGAAGUGACGCUGCGGGAACUCGUAAUGAGAUUCUUCGCUGCCGUAGGGCUUGGCGCUGGCCUCGUAUCCUUCCAGCGCGGAGUCUACUCGAUCGCGGCAUUCGUCUGUGUAGCGGCGCGUCUAAGCUCCCCGCUAGACUGGCCGCCCUUCAAUGGGCCCAUCUCGAGGAUAUCCAGCCUGCGGUACUUUUGGAGCAUAUUCUGGCACCAAAUCAACAGCCAUCGGCUUGACGCUAUGGCGAACUACGUGAUACACGACGUUUGCCGGCUUCGGAGAGGUGGUAGGCCAGCUCGGUACAUCCGCCCCUGCAUGAUAUUCCUCAUAUCCGGCCUCUGGCACGUCGUCAUAGACGUUUCCUCAGGGAUUUCAAUGCAAGACUCUGGGGCACUUCCCUUCUUCCUGAUCCAACCACUCGGGAUUUUUAUCGAAGACUUGGUCAGGUCAAGAGGUCUUACUAAGGCAUUCCCGUCAGUCGUACAGAGCUGUUUUGGCUUCCUCUGGGUGGGUCUGUGGAUGGCGUGGACGGCACCCGCGUACUUGUAUCCUAUCAUCAACGCAAGUAAGCCCGGUGAUGGGGUUGUGCCUUUCAGUAUCAUUGGCUACGUUAAAGGGAGACUUGAGUGA